GAGCACCCCAAUAGUACUCGGAUACAUAGCGUGACCCUUCUCGUAUACAGAGGCUGUAUGUCCCGGGGAGUCUGCUAUGGACGCAUCAUCGCCUCCGCCUCCGGCAGACAUCCUAAGUGUUUUGCCCGGAGCUCUGGCACAGCUGGAGAUUGAUACACAGUUUGCAAAAGGAUCUCUCCGUGCGGAUCCACGUACACUAGGCGUCGCUGUCUCGAGGGCGCCCGAGUCUCACACAGAGCCGACACAUGAAUCACAGAGACUGCCACAGGAGGUCUGGGACCACGUUCUUGACCACCUCUGGGAUGAUCAUAAAACACUCGUGGCCUGCAGCCUGACGUGUCUUGCAUGGGUACCGACAACGCGCUGGCACUUAUGGCACACGAUUCAGUGCCCCUCCUCGCGUAAAGCGACAGCCCUACUGAACGUUCUCUCGAACUUUCCGGAGCGAGCGGCGUCGACUCGCUGUCUCUCAAUCUACGCUACAGCCCAGCUGUCACUCGUGUCACUCUUCUCAACCUUUGUAAACCUCGUCACGUUGACCGUCACCGCAUACCUGGGCACAGAUGAGGAAGGCGGAUCCGAGGAACCCUUUAGGGCGAUGCAACUCCCGCAUCUGACCAAGCUGUCGCUUCGCGACUCUGUUGUCCCGACGGCAGUCAUGGGCCGCAUACUCUCUGCACUCCCGCGCCUCUCUACGUUGCGCUUGGACGAUACGGUACUCCCCGGCGGUCAUACAGAGACCUGGAGUUCGACGGAUACUGUCACUCGUAUUGCCAAAUUACAGCUGGAGACCUUGGUCUUGGGUGGUAGAUCAGGAUGGGGGGAACCCAACGAGCCCCUCAUCAGCUCACCACUAUGCCGAGGCCUUCGAACACUCGUUCUCAGGUAUCUUCAACCUGAUGGUCUUCACAGUGAUAAAAUGCUCGCUGCAACCCUCCCACUCCUCCGCACGGCGGGACCGUCGCUCCAAGUGCUCACGCUGAUGGUGACGACCCCCGACACGCCCGAGCAGGCCUUCAACCUCUUGGACUUCUCGCUGAACACGAACCUUGCCGCUCUUCACACUGGCUUUGUGGCGAAUUCAGGCGUAUGGGCUCAUCGACUGACUGCCGUGCUUCGCCAGCUUCGGCGCUCACCGGCGAUAUAUUCCCUCAGACGCCUCGACGUCUAUUUGCUCCUGCAUGACUGUAGGGAGCCGCCGGCUCACGAGAACUACAUGAAGCCGAAAAACAACAAUCUCGGGAACAUGAUCGCUGUCACUCUCCGUCAGCACUGGCAGCUGGUUGUCACCUUCCAUGCUCGCGGUUCCUCGUACGCGGCUGGCUAUGCACGACGCGUGUUGGCGGAGUAUGUCGAGCAAUGUAAGCUGGAGGUCAUGAACGCAGAGACGCGUAAGCGCCUGCGAUUCGUGCAUGACCUGGCAGAGGACUGCCCGCCUUGGCACAGGGAGGAAUGGGCUACGGUACUGGACUGGGAUGAUGUGGGUAUUUCCGGGAGCGUUAUUCUUCUAGGUGCAGCGACUAGUGAUGAAACGGGAUGUCCGUCUCAACUUGCGACGUCAUCGGUUUGCAAGGAGACUAGAUCGUGCAGGCAGUAAAUGAGUGGUAUACGUAUAUCCGAGAUAUAUGUAGGUCAUAAUUGCAAUACAAGGGCGAUCCCGACAGUCUUCCUUACGCGAAACACUGUCAUUAUUAUACA